AUGCCUACCGACUGGAAGAGCACUGAGAGCAUGGAGCGCCUCGUCGCCGCCAUCAUCGCCUCUAACGGCGGAAAGGUAAGUGACAAUAUCAUCACAUCUUCUCCCUUCUCACUUUUCGUAUUGACACAUAUACAGGUCGACAAUCAAGCUGUCGCCCGCUACUUCAACGAGACUUAUGACGCCAUCGAGAACCGCACUCGUGUCUACAAGAAGGCUGCUCAGGCCCUUGUCAAGGAAGCUGAGGACGCCGGCCGCAUGGACAUGAACAUGAAAAAGUCCGCUGGCGGUAAGAAGACCACUGCCACUCCCAAGAAGGGCGGUUCUUCCACUCCCGACUGUAAGAUUUCUUUCCCACCCACCAUCAAUGCUUAA